AGAAAGAGAAAAGCUGCCCUGGAGCAAAGCAACAUCCUUAAAAAGAUUAAAGCCAGGACCUGAGAUCUGCACGUGCUCAUCUUCGACGAAUCAUCUCUUCCUACUCCUGAUGAACCGAAGCGCGUUUACUGUGGUUCGUCCUGCAUCCGAUGAACCGCAAUGCAUUUGCCAUGGUUCUCGCAGUUAGCGUAAUGCAGUGGACGCGUGUUUAUAUGUACAAGUUAGUAUUAGUUUUGCUCUGACCCAUGAAAUCUAAAAGGCCUAGUCGUAGAGUUUCUGAAGGAUACAAAAAACUUCCGUAAUUUGUCUUGUUGGCACAAUUUGAACGUCCUUAAUUAUAGUCUCUACACUGCAAAAUGUCAGUUCUAAAUUGAGUUAAUGAGUUGAUGCUGAGCCAAAUGCACUUAGGCCGAAGCACGGGUUCAAAGUAACUUACUCUAAGUGAUUAAAUAAAACUUUGUUUCUCCUGAGAUCCUCUGAUGAGACGUAUAAAAUUUUAUCGAUCAACCACAUACAGUAGGUCUCUAAAAAUAAUAGUCAUAUAUAGGUACAGGAACUCUAGUUUAAGUCUGAGCAUUUGUAAACCAUGUUUCGUUUUAUUCUCUAUUUGAUUGGGUUGUCGCUAG